GAAACCAUUAGCCUUUCUCUUCUACUUCCUCCUGACACACACAGCAGCAUAGACAAUGAGAACAUCAGUAUUCACUUGGAUUCUAAUCCUCUGUCUCUCCACCAUAUCAGCGCAGAGCAAUUACCACUCACAACAUGAUCCCGAGGAGCCGAAACUCACCAAUCUGCACUUCUUCUUGCACGAGGCUCCCGGAGGCAGCAACCCGACGGUAGCCAUGAUAGCACAGUCGAACAUCACGGUCGACGUCAAUAAUUCAUCGAUGCCGUUCGGCACCGUAUAUGCCGUCGAUGAUCCAUUAAGGGUAGGUCCUGAGCCUAAUUCUGAGCUGAUUGGAAAUGCUCAGGGGCUUACAGUCAUCAUAGCCGGUAGAAGUACACCACCAAGUGUGCUGUUGCACUUUGACUUUGGGUUCACCACGGGUAAAUUCAACGGGAGCUCUAUAAGUGUACUUUCUAGGAAUCCCACGACGGACAUGGAACGUGAGCUGACUGUAGUUGGAGGGAGAGGAAAAUUCAGGAUGGCAAAAGGGUUUGCGCAUCUUAAGGUUUACUCUGCAAAUGCGACCGUUAUCAUUGCUGAGCUCAACGUAACUGUUAUUCACUACGAGGGACGAUCAGAGAUUUAAGUUAUGAUCACAUGUCGUGGUUACGGACAUUAUAAAUAAUACUCUCAAUGUAAACAUCAUGGUUGUAGUCUUUUUGUUAAAUUUAAAUAAUGGAUUA